CCGAGCGCGGGCAGCUGCCCCGGCGCGCCCUGCCAGUCCCGGGAGCCGGCGAGGCCGGCCUGGGGCGGCCCGGUGCGGGAGCACCUCGGGGAGUACCGGCUGGAGCAGCUCAGGGGCGACGGCCCAGCGUCCCGAAGUUUGCCGCGCCAGCUCGGGCGGCCGAGGUUUGUUUCCUUGAAAAGGCUCCAGGCUUCGGCUUGGAAAACCCAACCGCCAAAAUUGAGCCCAGCAGCUGGAGCGGCAGCGAGAGCCCUGCCGAAAACAUGGAAAGGAUGAGCGACUCGGCGGAUAAGCCGAUUGACAACGAUGCGGAGGGGGUCUGGAGCCCUGACAUCGAGCAGAGCUUUCAGGAGGCCCUGGCCAUCUAUCCGCCGUGCGGCAGGAGGAAAAUCAUCUUAUCAGACGAAGGCAAAAUGUAUGGUAGAAAUGAAUUGAUAGCCAGAUACAUCAAACUCAGGACAGGGAAGACAAGGACCAGGAAGCAGGUGUCUAGUCAUAUACAGGUCUUAGCAAGAAAGAAAGUUCGAGAAAUUCAAGCCGCCAUUAAGGUGUCUAGUCACAUUCAGGUUCUUGCCAGAAGGAAAUCUCGUGAUUUUCAUUCCAAGCUAAAGGUAACAAGCAUGGAUCAGACUGCCAAGGACAAGGCCUUGCAGCACAUGGCUGCCAUGUCGUCAGCCCAGAUCGUUUCUGCUACUGCUAUCCACAACAAGCUGGGGCUGCCUGGGAUUCCACGCCCCACCUUCCCGGGGGCACCGGGGUUCUGGCCUGGAAUGAUACAGACAGGACAGCCAGGAUCCUCACAAGACGUCAAGCCCUUUGUGCAGCAGGCCUACCCCAUCCAGCCAGCGGUCACAGCCCCCAUUCCAGGGUUUGAGCCUGCGUCAGCCCCAGCUCCCUCGGUCCCUGCCUGGCAGGGCCGUUCCAUCGGCACAACCAAGCUUCGCCUGGUGGAAUUUUCAGCUUUCCUUGAGCAGCAGAGAGACCCGGACUCGUACAACAAACACCUCUUCGUGCACAUUGGGCAUGCCAACCAUUCUUACAGUGACCCGUUGCUUGAAUCUGUGGACAUCCGUCAGAUAUACGACAAGUUUCCUGAAAAGAAAGGUGGCCUGAAGGAACUGUUUGGAAAAGGCCCUCAGAACGCCUUCUUCCUCGUAAAAUUCUGGGCGGACUUAAACUGCAAUAUCCAAGACGACGCCGGGGCUUUCUACGGUGUGAGCAGUCAGUACGAGAGCUCUGAAAACAUGACGGUUACCUGCUCCACCAAAGUGUGCUCCUUUGGGAAACAAGUAGUAGAAAAAGUAGAGACGGAGUAUGCAAGGUUCGAGAAUGGCCGGUUUGUGUACCGAAUAAACCGCUCACCAAUGUGUGAAUAUAUGAUCAACUUCAUCCACAAGCUCAAACAUCUACCAGAGAAAUAUAUGAUGAACAGUGUUUUGGAAAACUUCACCAUUUUAUUGGUGGUAACAAACAGGGAUACACAAGAAACUCUCCUCUGCAUGGCCUGUGUGUUUGAAGUUUCGAAUAGUGAACAUGGAGCACAGCAUCAUAUCUACAGGCUUGUAAAGGACUGAACCUGGUUAUUUAUAUAGAUAGAAAUCUGUAUAUACACACACGUAUGUGCACACACACACUCUCUCCAUUAUCGAACGACUGACUGUAAACCUCACCGCAGGUGAUGCCCUGGCCCCCAGGUCACACCCUGACUUUUCUAAAUCCUGUUUGAGUGAACUUAUUAUUAUUUUUUCAUGUGUUCUUGCUAUCAUUGUAGCUGUGAAAUUGUGAUGCAGUUGUUUGUGUAUUCCUCAGAUCUGCAACCCACGAUUCCUUGGGGAAGGUGAAUCUUACCAGCCUAAACCUCUCUCUCUGCAGACCUGUUUCCUGUUGUGGUAGAAAAUAGUUCUGAGACAGAGGAUUGGCCAUGGGGCAUUGACUGCCUUUAUACAAAUGUAUUUAGUUCUUUUGUUUGUUUUUCCAACAUAAAAUUCUUGUGUUAAGAUACAAGUAAAAUUAAUCUUUAAAUGUAAAUUAGUACAAGAAAACUAAGAUUCUUUAGACUUAUCUUUGUAAUUAAUUAGGGUGGAAGUUAUGGAAGAAUGUAAUUCACUAAAUUAUUUUUUAAAUGAAAUCUUUCUUUCUUUUUAAAACCAAAUGUUAAACUAUAGCCUUAAGAAAUACUUGGUAGAAAUAUCCUAAUGAGACAAAUUUUUUACCUUCCCCUUCAAGGUUAAACUAAUAUCUUAAUUCAUUAAACUGUUGAAACAGGUGUUGCAAAGGAAGAAAUUGUCACCCCUUAUCCUUAACAUAUAUAGUAUAUUUAAAAAUGUAAAAUUGUAUUGUA